GGUACUCGCUCUCCUUCAACAGUGACGAAUUAGAGAAGGCAGCAGAGAGGACUCUGACGGAAGAAGUCGAUUGGAUCCAGAGCUGCUGUUAUCAUGUCAAAAGUUUUUAAAAAGACCAGCGGGAAUGGAACUAUUGCCCUGUACUUGGGGAGAAGAGACUAUGUAGACCACGUGGAUUCUGUAGACUUAGUCGAUGGCAUAGUUAAAGUGGAUCCAUCUGGCCUUAAUGGCAGAAAAGUAUUUGUCUACCUCGCUUGUGCCUUUCGUUAUGGAAGUGAAGACCUGGACGUCAUCGGGCUCUCCUUCAGGAGAGACAUUUGGCUCAAGCACGUUCAGAUUUAUCCAGCCACAAAUGAAGAUGUUUCUAGAACGACAAUGCAGGAAUCCCUUCUGAAAAAAGUUGGCGAACAAGGGUGUCCCUUCUCCUUCCAGAUGCCAACAAAUCUCCCAUGCUCAGUCUCAUUACAGCCUGGACCAAAUGAUCGUGGAAAGGUGUCAUUACAGCCCAAUUCUUUAACCUCCUAUACCAUAUGGAUGUAGAAAUUAUGUUGUUCUGCUCUGUUGCAGGCUUGUGGAGUGGAUUUUGAGGUUAAAGCAUUCAUUGCUAAUGAACCUCACAAUCCCGACGAGGUCAUUAACAAAAAGGACACGUGUCGUUUGAUCAUUCGCAAAAUACAAUUUGCACCGGCUAACAAAGCCGGACCAAAGGCUGAGAUAUCGAAGCAGUUCAUGAUGAGUGACAAACCAAUUGGUGUGGAGGCCUCUCUUGAGAAAGAGAUUUACUAUCAUGGGGACGCAAUCUCAGUCAAUGUGAAGAUCAACAAUGGAACUACAAAAACUGUGAAGAAAAUCAAACUUUCUGUUGUUCAGUUAGCAAAUGUUGUCCUCUACUCAUCCGACACGUACACCAGAGACGUUUGCUCUGAGGAGUUUGAAGUGUCAGUAGGUGCUAAUUCUACGUUUGAGAAGUCCUUCCAGGUAACUCCCCUACUGGCCAACAACAAAGAGAAGCGAGGGAUCGCUAUAGAUGGACGGCUAAAAGAUGAGGACACCAACUUGGCAUCCACGACUCUGAGUCAGGGGGAUAAGGAGAUGUUGGGAAUCAUUGUCUCGUACAAAGUGAAGGUUAACGUAUCGACGUCAAGUGGAGGUCUUCUGGGGGGUCUGACAGGAAGUGAUGCUGUAGUGGAGCUGCCAUUGACUCUGAUGUCCCCAAAACCUGCAGAAGUGACUGAUGUCAUAUUUGACCCCAUCGAGUGAUGAAAAAAGAAAAAUAAUCUACCUGGCAAAGAAUACAAAGGAACUCA